AAUUGAAGUAAGCAAUCUGCUUGUUUAUCCUUGUUUUCCAUUAAUUAGAUAUGUGCAAUCUAAAUUUCCUACUGAAAAACAUGAGAUGACAUGCUAAGGGGCCAAAUCUGCUUUUCCCUCACAAGUCUGAUCUGUCAGUGUUGGAGAUGUCUCCAGAGCAGUAUUUGUAGCCAUCUCAGCUUGGGAUGGACGAUGAGGGGAGGGCAAACAAAUUGAGCUGCAAGAAGCUGGAGGGGUAACCCAAGAAGCCCGUGUCCUUGGGAGUGCCUGAGUGAGCCUUUGGGUCCUGCCUGGAUGCCCUGGAAGGCUGCAGUGGUACCCUUGGGCAGUGUGAAAUGGUGCUCCAGGAAUUUCCCCUCCUGCCUGAGCUGGGUUCAUAGUUGUGUUGAUGUGGCUCCCAGAUGCUUUUCUGUAGCCAGAUUUCUUUUUUCCUCCUUUGUUCACUGCUGACCCAGUGGCACAAAUCUUCAUUUCCGUAGAUAACCAAGGUGCAACCCUUAAACUCAAUAGUUCCUUCUGACCUGUGGCAGCACAGGUAAGGCCUAAAGGUACUGCUAGUUCCUAAGGCAUCUCUCUGUUCCCCAAAGACAAGUUUAUUCAGAAGUGGCCCAGUUCUGCAGUGGCCACAUAUUCAAAUGUGACUAGUGAUCUGCUUUCAGGUUCAGACAAGAACUGAGGAAUCUGCCCAGAGUGACCUUGCUGAGAAGAAACUAAAGAGAUCUUCAUGUAACAGGCAAAAGCAAACUCUUUUCAGCUUGCUCACAAAUGACAAGAGAGGAGAGGGAACAGCCCCUGUUUCUGUUCAUGCAGAAUGGCAGCUAAGUAGAGAAUUUCAUAAAGGAAUGAGUCAGUGAAAAUUGAGCUCUAAUGUAAGUCCUGAGGCAAUCAUAAGGAAAUCUUUGGAACUAGAAUAAUCUAGUACUGGUUUUUGAGGUUCUUCUGUUGCAGCAAGGACACCAAGCUGGAUGAAUACCCCCAAGGUAUUCUGCGGGCCCUGGAAGUGACAGGAGACAUUCUGUCCUUCCCAGUCUGUGCAGGAUCAAGUUCUGUUUUAGCAUCCUGGCUGUUGUAGCUGAGUUGCCUGCUUGUGGUCACAGGUGUCUGGGUGAAGAGCCUGUAUGGACGAGUCUCACUUGGGCAGGAGGCCUUGCAGGGUCCUGGCAGACUAAGGCACCCUGGUCUGGACCCACUGAUGGACAAAGCUGAGCACGUGGCUAUGUGUUUUGUGAGCUCUGGGCCCACUUUUUAUUGCUUCCUACUGAAAAUAAGAAACAAAUGGUUCUUUGAAGCUAAUGGCCUCUUUUGUCUGACUAUAUAUGCCAUAAUCCUAUUGCAGUCCUGUAGCAACCUCCCUGAUGUCAGACUGGCCUUGUACACACAUUAAUGAGCCAUUACAUACUAACUCCCUGCCCAGCCCACACUGUCUCCCUCUUGCCUUCCUUCUGUUACACUGAAUCAUUUUUCUUUCUCUUGCUUGUUGCUUGCCUGCAGUGAUGAGUGUGUGCCCUUUUGCUCACUGGGAGUCUGGCAGUAAAUCAUACCUUUGCUUUUUUUCCCCCUUUUUACAUUCUGGAGCAGCUGCUCUGAUUAGUUUGAAGCAGAAUAAAAGACCUAUAAAUGAGGAGAAUCCUGAAGGUAAGUACUUCACUGUGGACUUAAUGUCAAGGUACAGUACACAUAGUAGCUUUUAGAGACCCUUUAAAAGCUGUUAGCCACUGUAUAUUUAACGGGAGGAUAUAUUUCAGACAUCUGAUUGACUGCCCUUGAAGGCUGAUUCUUGCUCUAGAAUGUUUAUUUUCAAGAAACCUUGAUCUGAGAACUUUUGAGAACAUCAUAUAUUGUGUUCAUCACCCUUAGUGGGUUACUUCUGCUGUCUGAAUUGUACCAGAUUUGUGGUGACAAUAAGGCAGAGGAAAGAAUAGCAAGUUCUAUCAGAGGAGUAAUGGAAAAGCCAUUCCUGUACAUUCGAGGAUUGCUUAAGAACCAUCUUCUUUUUUCACUGUAGAAAGUGUUAUUUUUGAUAUUUCUCCCAGUUCUGAUUGCUUCAGGGAGGACAUGAUUCAGUGAUCUUGGAUCCCUGCAGAGCCCAGGACACUAUCUUAGUCCCUGUCUCAGGAAUGGGGAAAUGACAAGCGACCUCCAGGUACCCUUGAUAGGCAAAGCAUUGCCAUUCUGAAGCACCGAGUCCAGGGAUUUAACAGAAGGAUUUAGAAUAGGAACUGGUUCAGAAAGCUGUCAAUCAGUGGUCUGUAGCUUUCAAGUUGCUCUUGAAUGUACUGUUGCAGUAGUCUUUAAACUGGGUCUUCUUGACAGCAUCUCUAGUGAAAUUACUGUGCUUCCUAUAACCCAUUUCCUGCCCCAGUUCCUGUCUGCUCCCAGACACGUUCCGUGUUUCCCUUGGUGUUUGCAGAGUCAGUGUUUGGCCAAGUCUGUCUUCGUUCCUCCAGAGAAGUGUUUUUAGGUUUGCUGCAGCUUCUGUGAUCUAAGGGUUUUUAAUGAACAACCUCACUGGGGCUCUCCAGAUAUGCUGAUCACCAGAAUCUUCACCAAAAGCAUGAUUUUCAACCAAUUUUACAAGUAAUCUGCUUCUACUUACCUUCUUGUGGUCAUGGGAGAUGCUGACUGGGGUUUCUCUACCAGGAUGCAUGCUAUGCUCCACUUUUCAGUUGGUUUUACCAUGUUCCUAUCACCCUAUCAUUUCACACAACUGCUUCGGCUCCUCUUUGUGCUGUUUCCUGUCUCAGCAAAGAGCUCCCUGUUUCUCAGCCCCUGUCCUUUUCUUGAGUCUUGGGUUAAGUCCUUCUUUCAGGUUUUGGACCAUAGUGUACCUGCAAAGGGUAUUUCUUUGGAUCUUAUGGAGUGCUUGAUGUCUCUGCUGUGAUUCUGGUCCUUGAGCUAAGGCUGUCUCUGAUGUGCCCACUCCAAAGCUGUGGUUAUUUAAAUUCCAAGACAGCUGAUGUGUCUUCUCUGCUCAGGUGACUGGCACCCUACAUUGAUUUCCAAAUAGUGGCUUCUCUUGUUUUCAAAGUGCAAGAGUUGCCUCUGGCUCUAAGCAGUUCAAUGGAAGCUGUUCACUGGAUGUGGAGGCUGGAGAACGUGCCUGUGUGGAGCAGACAUACCUGUGCACUUGCCUUCUACCUGUUUUCUGCCAGGGGAUAACAGUAAUCAAAACUGAAAUCAAGCAAGUAGUUUCAAUGUGCAUGUUCUGUUUCCUUUAAGACAGGCUAUAACUCUAAUGUUGCUUUUAUUUGCUGUUUCUGGCAUUUUUACAUAGGUAAGAAACCUUCAAGUCUGAAAUACACAAAACAGCUCCUUACAGAAAUUCAGGCCAAUUGUAGAGUAUUAUGAUGUUAUCACAAGCCAAAAGCAUUGGCAAUCAAAGGUGUUUUCGAAGCCGUUAGCUCCAGUUUCACUGACUUGUUUUGUUUUUUUCUGUGAUAACACUCGUUGCUUUUGAGGAAACGAACUCACUGACAGCUUGGAGGGAUGGACUGGCUUAGAUGUACUGGGAGAGGGGAGUUCAAUACUUUAAAAUGCAUGGAUAACAAAGCUUGAAACAAAUGUCCUGACAAGUAUUUAUUGCCAGGCAUCAAAACAGGCCGUGUUCACUGAUGCUUAAAGAGACCUUGGAACACUGACAUCAGCAUUGUAUUACUGAUGUGAUAAAUGAAAGCACCACUUAAACAGGUCACACUGGAGCAGCCUGCCAGGUGAAUGGUGAAGCUGUCACAGAAAGUGAAAGAUGAAGCCUCUUGUUCUCUUGGUUCUUGUGGUCUGUACUGUAGUCAGCAUGAAUUUGAAGCUCGUGUCAAAGAGAAAUUCUGUUGAUGGUUGCAUUGACUGGUCAGUGGAUCUCAAGACAUACAUGGCUUUGGCAGGUGAACCAGUCCGAGUGAAAUGUGCCCUUUUCUACAGCUAUAUCAGAACUAAUUAUAGCAUGGCCCAGAGCACAGGUCUUAGGCUUAUGUGGUACAAAAACAAAGGAGAUUUAGAAGAACCCAUUAUAUUUUCUGAAGUUAGGAUGAGCAAGGAUGAAGAUUCAAUAUGGUUUCACUCGGUUGAGUUGCAAGACAGUGGUUUCUACACGUGUGUUCUAAGAAACUCAACGUAUUGCAUGAAGGUAUCCAUGUCCUUGACAGUAGCUGAGAAUGAAUCUGGGCUUUGCUACAACAGCAAGAUUAGAUAUCUGGAGAAAUCAGAAGUCACUAAGAGAAAGACGAUCUCCUGUCCUGAUAUUGAGGAUUACAGAACAGCCAGUCAAGAGCCAGAUGUAGUAUGGUACAAGGAAUGUAAGCCAAAAAUGUGGAGAAGCGUUGUAAUUCAGAAGGGAAAUACACUCUUAAUACAAGAAGUCCAGGAAGAAGAUGGAGGAAAUUAUACCUGUGAACUGAAGUUUGAAGGCAAGCUCAUACGAAGAACGGUCGAAUUGAAGGUUACUGUUGCAUGCUAUGGAGGUGGAUGGAAAAAUUGCUCCUGUUCAUUUCAAUUUGGCUUGCAGCUUGUUGUACAUAUCAAGGACCUUUCCACCAGAGAGGGCAUUGCAAGCUUUACUCACAGACAAACCUCCAAAGCCCUUGUUCCCCAUGGAGAACCAGCCAACUGUUAUAGAUGUUCAGCUGGACUCCUCAGAGAACAUCUUGGAGAAAAAGAAGUUGAACUGACAUUGAUCUUUGAUGCAGUGGAGGAGGCAGACCUGGCUAACUAUACGUGUCAUGUGGAAAACAGAAACGGGCGGAAACAUGCCAGCGUUCUUCUACGCAAGAAAGAUUUGAUCUACAAAAUAGAGCUUGCUGGAGGACUGGGAGCCAUCCUUCUUCUGCUUAUUUUGCUUGUGACCAUCUAUAAGUGCUACAACAUAGAGUUAAUGCUGUUCUACAGACAGAACUUUGGAGGAGAUGAAGCAGCUGAUGACAACAAGGAAUAUGAUGCAUAUCUUUCAUACACCAAAGUGGAUCCUGAUGCAUUAGAUUGUGAUAAUAAUGAAGAGGAGCAGUUUGCACUUGAAAUUCUGCCAGAUGUUCUAGAAAAGCACUAUGGAUAUAAGCUCUUCAUUCCAGACAGGGACCUGAUCCCUAGUGGAACCUACAUUGAAGAUCUCACAAGAUGUGUUGAACAAAGCAGAAGACUCAUUAUCGUGUUAACUCCAGACUAUGUUCUCAGGAGAGGAUGGAGUAUUUUUGAGAUGGAAAACAGACUCCAUAACAUGCUAGUCAGUGGAGAAAUCAAAGUUAUUUUGAUUGAGUGUACUGAAUUGAAAGGGAAAGUGAAUUAUCACGAAGUGGAAUCUUUAAAGCACACCAUCAAACUUCUCUCGGUGGUCAAGUGGAAGGGACCAAAGAGCAGCAAAUUGAAUUCUAAGUUUUGGAAGCGCCUAGUCUUUGAAAUGCCAGGGAAGAAAAAGGAGGUGGUAUCUCGGAAUCAGGUCCUGGAUUCUGCAGAGCAGGGCCUUUUUGGAGACCUGCAGACUGUACCUUCUCUUGCUGUCACAGGCACUUCUGCCACGUUGGUAGAGUCACGGGCUGGUUUAACUGAUUACCAUCAAGAGGAUUCCAUGCAAAUGAGACAUUAUUGCAGAGGAUAUGAAUAUGAUGUGUCAUCAGCAACAUUGCCAAUAGCUUCCAUCAGCAACCAUCACACAUACUGUAACAUACCUUUGACGCUCCUAAACGGACAGCUACCUCUUAACAACACCGUGAAGGAUCCCCAGGAGUUUCACAGGAACAGCCCUUUGCUGCCUUUAUCAUCAAAGGAGCUCAGCUUCACCAGUGAUAUUUGGUAGUGAAGAUCAGGACCUUCUUGAGAUGCUUCAUGACCGCCAUGAAGACGUGUUUUUAAAGAACUUAGCCCCUAACCCCAUGGGGUGAGAAAACCUAUUUGAAGCAGCAGCACACUUGUUUGCUUUUCUACUUGAACUUUUUUGUUUACAUUUACAAAUUAUUGACAAAGGGGGCAUUCUUUUGUAACUUGGUAAUGUCCUCCCUGUCUUUUAAUGUACAGUUUUAUUGCUUCUUUAAAGUGGGGGGGGGGGGUGCAGAAAAAUAACCCACGUCCUAUCAUUUUACAGUAGGUUUACAAUCUGGGAUGGAUAAAAGGUCACUGCAUGUGAUCUCCAACAUCCUUACAUGUUUAAUAGUUUUUGAAAUACACAGAGGUUGUUGGGGUUUUCAUACAGACUUCAGUACAGUUUGAAAUUCUAAUCAUGUUACGAAAAUGACUCUCUCCUGCACAGACCCCAAGGGGUCAGUCAUUCUCAGAAGGAAGGAGGAGGAAACUUUCCCAAUAACAUUGUCUCACCAACACAUUUUAGAAGAUGAACAGCUGAAACAAUGCAGAUGAAGCUUUAUCAGUAAAGGACGUAGUAACAGUUACUGCAGAAUAAAUCACCUGCUCACGUCAGCACCUCUUCAUUUUAUUACUGAGGCAUGUUGUGUUCCUAGUCAAUGGUUAGCAAUGUGGUUUUAUGAAACAACUUACUAGAGUAUCAGAAGAUAUCUAGAAGGAUUUUAAACGAUUUUUCUGUCAAUUAUAGAUU